AUGUCAGCCGACAAUCGACCCCUUCUUCCUAUCUUUUCCUUCUGGUUGGUGUCUCAGCUCGGCCACGCAUCUCUACUUGCGUUCUCUCUGCAAUGGCGUGGACGUAUCGUAGGGACAACCGCUCUGUACGCUCUCAUGGCAUCAGCAUACAGAUGCACCACGAGGGAUGCCCAACAAGACUAUUCUACGGGCAACACCAUCAUGAUCCAAGCGUUCUCCAUAUUUCUACUCAACUGGCUCACGAAUCCGGUGCAUGAGUUCCGCCAUGAGCGUGACUAUGUUGCACCUGAGGAGCUACCGUUCCUACGCCGGAUGUGGUGGGCGCUCUGUGUCAUCAACAGUCCACGAGGAGUAGGAUGGUCGUACGAGGUCGCCAAUACGCCACCGCGACCUAGCCAGCCGCGAUGGUCGUUCGUACGCGAGAAGCUUUCGAGCGCGUUCCGAUGGUUCCUAUUCCUCGACCUCGCCCAAUCAUAUCAGCGCUCGAACUUGCUGUUCUCGCGGGGGAACAUGGUCCUCUUGUCGCAGGGCCAUUCCCUGCCUACCGCCAGCAUACUUGCGCGCUUGUGCAGUCUUGUUGGUAUGAUUGCCAUGCAGUAUUCGCUGCUCGCGGCGAUCUUCGUAGCCUUCGGGAUUUCCCUGCCGAGAGACUGGCCAGAUAUCUACGGUCGCUGGUCGGAUACAUACACUGUCCGAAGGUUUUGGGGGCGAACUUACCAUCAGAUGCUCCGUCGACUCACAGCCGGCAUCGGCAAGGCUUUCUGUUGCGCACUCGGUCUACGGCCCGGCACAUGGGCAUCGUCGUACACACAGCUCUACGCUGGCUUCGCCAUCUCGGGCCUUAUCCACUGUGGCGGAGACUUGAUGGUCGACCCGUCCCUCUUCGGCGCGUCGUUCCCUUUCUACAUAUUACAAGCCGUCGCGAUCACUUUCGAGGACGCCAUUAUCGGCAUCGUGCGGAGGAGCGGCGUGAAGGUUCCGCGCCUGCUCGCGCAUCUCAUCGGCUACGCCUGGGCGAUCUCGUGGUUGUGCAUCUGUGCGCCAUGGAGUGUCAACUGGUCGCUCAAGUCUGGGAUCGUCUUUACUGACCGCAUACCUCUUUCACUCAUUGACCGCGUAACACCAGGUCUGGGCAAAGGUGUUGCGAGGUGUGUCUAUGUGUUCACGACGAGUUUUGAUGCAAAGGCUUGA